AUGUCUCAUUCACGCCAGUCUUCUAGCUUUGGAGCUGAGUCUCUUGUUGACUUGGCUCAGAACGUACUCAAGCACCUCUCGGCUUCUGUUUAUAAGACAGAGGCUACUACCUUCGAUGGAACUGUCUAUCCACUCGAUGCCUUUUCUCUUGACCAUCGCCACGACCUGUUCUACCUUCCUCCUGGCGAGACUCAACUAGAGGUCUCUCUGCUAAGCUGGGCUGCAUACAAAGGCCUAAAUGAGGUCAUCUAUGCGCUCAUGGGCAUUUCAAAGCAAAAUGAACAGCUUCAAGAUCAUCUUGAUGAUGCUCUCUUCUUGGCCCACUUCGCCAACCACAUAGAAACAGCUGAUUUGCUCAUGGACUUUGGAGCGAAUCCAGGACGAAAAUUUCGAUCCAAUGGUUUGCAUGGUGCUGUUAGACGGCGACAGAUACCUCAAAUCGAAUUAUACAUCAGAGACUUCGGAGUUCCUGUUGAUGUUGAAGAUGGGGAUUAUGCAACACCGGUCAUGUAUGCCAUGCAGCUUGAGCAUCCCUAUGAUUUGGAGACUAUCACACAUCUCUUCUCAUUAGGUGCGGAUCCUCUGGUUGAAUUUGGUGAUGCGGGUUGGAAUUAUGCCCAAUAUGCAUUUGCUAUGGGGAAAGAGGAUCUAGCAGAAUGGUUUAAAGGUGACUUGUAUUCGGAAAUAUAUACCCUAAGGAGUAGAGAAAUCGAGAAACAUGUGACUUUACACUGA